AUGCUAAACGACAACAACAUGGUCCAGUCGUCCGACGGUCUGCGGGAGCUCUCCUCGCUCUAUCCUCCAGUCGGUAGGCAACACCCUGGUGAUCUAAAAGACAACCCUCCCAUUCCCGAACAUCAUCCCACGGUGGGAUAUCGCCUGACCCACUUCAUGCUACGAAUCCGGGAUCCUCGGUCAACACUGCACUUCUACAUAGACCUAAUGGGUAUGCGGACCAUCUUCACGACAAAUACGGGGCCGUUUACUAUCUAUUAUUUGGCAUAUCCACAGACCCCUGCCCAUCGUGCCGACCCAUCAGUCUUCUCUCGGGACAUGAUACCUCAUUCCGUCUUGAGCCGUACACUAGGCCUCUUGGAACUCUGCCACUACCACGGAUCCGAGAAUCAACCUACCUCGUACAUUUCCAAUGGAAACACGCCGCCGCAUCUAGGCUUUAAUCACCUUGGUUUCACGGUGCCAAACGUAAAAUCGGCGGUUGACCGGCUGCGGGAGCAAGGGGUCAAGAUCGUCAAGGAUAUCGGCGAAGGCCCUGUAGAGGGUAUCCCUACCACAACAUGGGAGAAGGCGACGCACGGCAUCGCUACCGAUCCUCUUGAUCCUACGUUUGAGCGGAUCCUACAGCAAAUCGCUUUCGUUGAAGACCCGAAUGGUUACUUUGUCGAGCUUGUGCCUCAAGAGUUUACGAUCCAAGGUUGA